CUAUUUGAAGGCCUAACCGGCAACAGAAUUUAAACAUCGACCAUUUUUCUCAUCAAUCUUUCGAUGUUUAAUUGACUUAAUUGUUUUAAUUUUCACUUUCUCUUUGUUAGCUGAUCACUUAAUUAAUGGAAUGGAAACAAAAUCAAUGGUUAAUCUUAAUUGGAAACAAUUUAAAUUCUAAAUAUAUUAACAGAACCGUUGGUGAUCAAUAUGAUGAUUUUAUGGAUAAAUUGGAUGCUAGAAUUAAAAGCCAUGACAAAGACAUUGAACGAAUGUGUAAUGCUAAUUAUCAAGAUUUUGUUGAUUGUAUCCAUGAUCUUCUCCAGGUUCGCCCUAAAGCUGAUCAAUUACGACAAGAGAUUAUCGAUAUUAAUCAAGAUAUACAAAAAUCAGCUGAAAAUGUUCAACGUAAAGCUGAAGAGUUAAUAAGACACCGGAAGAUUGUUUGUAACAUAGAAACAGCCAUUGAAUAUCUUAGUGUUUGUUUACCAGUAUUGAAAACUUACACCAAAUUAACUUCCCAAAUGGAUGCAACUCGUUACUAUCCUGCUUUAAAAACUUUAGAACAAUUGGAAACCAAUUAUUUACCUCGAGUGGCCAAUUACCGUUUCGCUCAAGCCAUGAGGGAUAAAAUACCACAGAUACGAGAAGAAAUCAAGGAAGCAUCAAUGUCCGAUUUAAAAGAUUUCCUGGAAAAUGUGAGAAAAAAUUCCUCCAAAAUUGGUGAAAUCGCCAUGAAAAAUGCUGCUCAUCAACAGAAUAUUGAAGAUUCUCUUUUCAAUACUAACGAUGAUCCAUCCAAAGUUAACACCUUGGAACUUGAAAAUAGUAACAAUAAGAAUACUACAAUUAUCUCAAUCAAUUCAUCAAUGGACGAGAUUGGAACCAAUGUAAAUAAAACUCCAGUUUCGAACAAAAUUUCAACCAAUUUGGGUACACCAAGGAAAAAGAAAUUAGCACCUAAACCACCUCUAUCUUCAUCAAUGGAAGAUAUUCUUGAUCAAAUUAACGAUACCGAUUCAGAUUUUGAUGUAAAUGCAAUUGCCGAAGAUGAACUUAAAGGGACAGAUAUUAUUGACUUUUCACCGGUUUACCGAUGUUUACACAUUUUUGGCUGCCUUGGUGCAUCCGAACUUUUUGAAACAUAUUAUCGGCAACAACGGCAACAUCAGGCCAAACUUGUCCUUCAAUCACCGACAAAUAUGCACGAAAAUAUUGAAGGUUACAAGAAUUACUUUUGCGGAGUUGUUGGAUUUUUCGUCAUCGAGAAUCACAUUUAUAAUACCGCUUCUGGUUUGGUGACCAAAAGUUAUCUUAACGAGGUUUGGGAAAACGCUUUACAAUCAGUGAUUGCCGCUCUUCGAACUUAUUCCUCCUAUUGUACCGAUGAGGUUUUGAUGCUUCAGAUCAAACAGAUCAUCAUAUUAUUUAGUCAAACUCUUCAAAGUUAUGGUUAUACUGUUAAUCCACUUUUUAACCUUCUCAUUGAGAUUCGUGAUCAAUACAAUGAGAUUCUAAUGAAACAAUGGUGCUCAAUUUUUCGUUCUAUUUUUGAUUCUGACAAUUAUCCAUUACAAGUGAAUAGUUCAAUUCAAUUAAGUGAAAUUCUGGCUGAUUUUCCUUACUUUGAGAGCGAAAUUAUUUCCAUUGGACCAAAAGGAAGCGAUUUUCCGAAAAAGUUUCCUUUCUCUUCAUUCGUGCCUAAAGUUUUCGUCCAAGUGAAACGUUUCAUUAACGCUUGUCGACAAUUUUCCCAAGAUUUGAAUAUCAGCUCAACCGAAAUUGAAGAUAUGGUUCGAAAAUCGACCAACUUAUUACUAACUCGAACCCUUUCAGGUUGUCUUUCUCUUCUAAUCAAAAAACCAGGUCUUGGCCUUCUACAAUUAAUCCAAAUAGCAAUCAACACUAAUUAUCUUGAAUCAUCAAUGUGUCAUCUUGAAGAGUACAUCUCUCAGCCAGUUAUCAAUCAGAAUUCACAAUCAUCCUCUCAAAAUUUAUCAUCUUCAUCAUCGAUGGCCAAUCUAAGUGAGCUAGUUGGAACCUCUCAUCUUGCCAAACUACAAGGAAGUUCAAUGUUCAAAGAUGCUCGAUCCGAUGCUGAGUCACAAAUCUACUUCUUAUUGAAUCAAAAGAUAGAUGAAUUUUUUGAUAUCGCUCAUUAUGAUUGGAGUCUAGUUGAACCAUUAGGAGUGGCCUCAUCCUACAUAACCGAUUUGCUCAAAUUUUUGACCACAACUUUUCAAGCGCUAACCAAUUUACCGGACAAAAUUGCACAAACGGCCUGUCAUUCGGCCUGUAAACACAUGGCCUCAUCCCUGAUGAACUCUCUCCUUGACGAAGAUGUUAAAUCAAUCUCAAUGGGAGCCUUAGAACAAUUUAAUCUUGACCUACUGCAAUGUGAAUUUUUCGCCUCCUCUGAGCCCGUUAAAGGAUUCGAGGACAAUGUUUUACAAUUAUGUUUCACUGAGUUACGACAAUUAGUUGACCUACUGCUUUCCUGGCAAUGGUCAACUUAUAUUGCUGAUUAUGGUAAACAAGGAAGUAAAUAUUCACGAGUUAAUCCUCAAAUUGCUCUUAAUUUGUUGGAAAAAAUUAAAGAAACCGAUGGGAAUCGUAACAUAUUCACUUCAUUCAAGAAAAAUGAGAGAGACAAGAAAAAAUUGGUCGACACUGUAAUCAAACAACUUAAACAGAUAAUCGCAAUUAACAAUUCUAAUUAAACCCCUUUUUUUUAUAUUAACUAGAAGUCAAUUAAUUAACAAAAUUCAACCUAUGGACCAAAUUUAACGCAACAACUUAAUCAACUUCAUCUACCAACAAAACAAAGUCAACAAUUAACCAGAUUCACAGCCUUAUCAUUGAUAAAUAUUCAUAUAUUUAAAUUAACCCAGCGAACAAUUCAAUCAACAAUUAGAAAUAAUUAGCUUUAUAUUUUUGUUUUCAUCAAUCAAAUUAUUCCAAAGUCACAAAAUUAACCCUUUACAAUUAAAAUCCUUCAGAGAGCUGAAAUCCUCGACAAUCAACUAACCAUCAUCAUCUUCAUAAUUUACAUCUCUAUUAACUGUGAUAUAAUAUUAACCACUGAUGAUUUACUAAUCGACUUAGCAAUGACCAAUAUUUUACAUUGAUGAUUUAGUUAAUUUCCUCCCCACCAAGAUAAAAUUAAUUAGUUGUGAUUAGACCGACAUCACCAUCAUUAAUGAAUCAAUUUAAUUGUUUGUACAGCAAAAAAAAUGCAUCAUUUUUUUUAUAAUCAGAAGCUCAGAAAUUAAUUUAUUAAAUUACUAAUUAACAAAUUACUUCACAGUCAAACAUAAUCGAGCUUAAAUCCAAUUAACUAAUCAAUACAAUUUACGAAGAGGAAACAAAAUCCAUCUAAUAUUUAAAUCAAUCAAAUUGUAUCAAUUGAAACGAGCAUGAUAAUCAUCAUCUUGAUUAUAAUCAAAAAAAAAAGUUAUAAUUUCCAAAUCUAAUUGUUUUAGUUAAUCAAAAAUUCACUGUAAUCAAUUAAAUGCAAACUUUUUCCCCGUUGAAACAAUUUAAUCAUUUUAUUGAUUUUCACUUGACAACAUCCAAAUGAUUCAACUAAUCAAGUAACGGUGAUUUAAUUAUAACUAAACCAGUUAACUAUCAAUAAGAGUAAAGUGUAAAGAUUAAUUGUAAUCAUGAGACGAUAAAUCCAAUCAUCGAGGCUCAGGCGAUUAAAUUACGAGGUGAAGCGGAAGCAUUUGCGAUUGAGGCGAGAGCGAAAGCGGAAGCUGAACAAAUGGCAAAGAAAGCAAAUGCUUACAAGGAAUAUGAAAAUGCUGCUAAAAUCGAUAUGAUUCUAGAAACACUUCCUCGGGUGGCUGCCGAAAUCGCUGCUCCUUUAGCUCAGUGCAACAAAGUGACAAUGAUCGCUCAAGGAGAUGGACCGGUUGGUGCAAGUAAAUUAACUAAUGAAGUUCUCGAUAUGAUUAACAAAGUUCAUUCAACGGUCAAUGAAUUAGCCACAAUUGCGCCACAAAGAUCAACAACCUUGUCAUCUCGACCAACAGUUCCCGUCCGUUGAUUAACCAAAAAGCCAUAAACCAAAAAACGACGAAAUGAUUUCAUCCAACAUUUAAAAACAAACGAUACAAUCCAAGUCUUAAGGCCAAACAAUUGCUUUCAAUUUGCUAAAUUUUUAUACAAUUAAUUUGCCAAAUCAAUUUUACAUUCUAAUGAUAGAAAAAUAGUCAAGAUUGUUUUAAUAAUUUUACCAAUAAGCAAAUGCUUAAUAAAGUCAUUAGCCUUUUAAACCUUGA